AUGGCUAUGGCUGUAGCCCCAAUUCUUCCACAAACCCUAGAUUCAUCUCCCAAAAUGUCAUUUAGCACCGUGAUUCGUCGAGCCUUGUCCACAUUUGCCACUCUUGCCUUCCGUGCUGCUAGAUUUCGGGUUUGCUUCCGUACCGGCGCCGUCUCCGCCCAGAGAUUGAUUCUCGGUAACCAACUCAACCGUGGAUCGGUUAUUUCGUUCUCGAGAUUUUCGACGGAAAGUUCUCUCACUAAAACAACCGCCGACAAAAAUCUCGUUAGCGUUCUCGAAUCUGAAAUCGAAUGGGCCGCGUUCGAAGAAGCUUAUGAUAACGUCUUGGAAGAAAAGCAAGAAGGGUUUCCAUUUGAGAUCAUUGAUUCUCCAGGGGAGAGAGUUGUGUUCCGAGUAUCUUCAAUGGCUCAAGGAUAUCAAGGCUUUUGUUGA